CGAAGGCAGGAGCGCUCCGCCUGGGCUGAACAUCCAGCACUCUGAGAUCCCCCUGCAUGUGCAGUCACACGAUAGAUCACUGGUCCGCCACACCCACCCGAAAGGUGGAUUUUAAGUAGCUGCUGUCCAGCAGUCGAGCGUCAGAAAGGGUCAGUCGUCGAGCAAGCAGGCAGGCAGCGCGAGCACGAGAGCAUCUCAGUACGACCGAGCAACGCAGGACAGCAUCCCGUCACCGCCGCACGAUAUGGCCAACCGAGGACCAGCUUAUGGCUUGAGCAAAGAGGUGCAAGAGAAACUCCUACAGAAAUACGACGCCGAGCUCGAAAGCAGGCUGGUGGACUGGAUCAUCACACAGUGUGGAGGGAAUGUGGAACGUCCACAACCCGGGAAGGACAACUUCCAGACCUGGUUAAAGGAUGGCACAGUAUUGUGUCGGCUGAUAAACAGCCUUUAUCCCAGAGGCAAAGAGCCAAUAAAAAAGAUACCAGAGACAAACAUGCCAUUCAAGCAGAUGGAAAAAAUUUCCCAGUUCCUGAAAGCAGCUGAAGGUUACGGCGUGAUAACUACAGACAUUUUCCAGACAGUGGAUCUCUGGGAAGGUAAAGAUUUAGCGGCAGUUCAGCGAACACUUAUGGCUCUUGGCAGUGAAGCAGUAACUAAAGAUGAUGGGUAUUAUCGAGGAGAUCGCAGCUGGUUUCACAGGAAAGCACAAGGAAAUAGAAGGGAAUUUUCUGAAGAACAACUCCGGCAAGGCCAGAGCUUGAUUAGUCUCCAGAUGGGCAGUAAUCGAGGAGCUUCCCAGUCUGGAAUGACAGGAUAUGGGAUGCCCCGUCAGAUCAUGUGAUGUACUUUACCAAAACUGGGAGAUUUGCUGCAUGAUCCAGGAUGUCUGUUUACACCUACCACCUUAAAAAUGGCCAGACUGCCUUUGGAUACAAGUUGUUUAUUCCCUCAGUAAUUGGAGACAGCAGAUUGCAGUAUGAAUUCAAGAAAAAUACAAUAAAGCUUUAAUAUUUUAAAUGAAGGACUUUAGUAGUAAGGUGAAGGACUUGAAAGAGUUAUGUAAACUGUAGAGGAUAACACUACAUACUGACAUGUGAAUUUGUGUCUUUUAUGUAUCUUAUUUUGCUUAGACUUAUUUAAGGUUGUGCUCACUUGUUUUACCCAAGUACAGAAACCUUGUUAAUGGAAGUGUAUCUUUCUGUGUAUUUAAAAGUUGUAUUUUAAAUAAAUGUGUUUUCUGAUCUAGAAA